AACCUGGGAACGGUCACAUUCAGCUCACAACAGCACAGGGUUUUCCGCCGUAGACGGAGGCCUCGCAGCUCGCUGGCCCGCCUCCUCAGUGACGUCACAGAGAGCUGCCAGUCGUGGCUGGGUGAGAAAGUCUUCAGAGGCGUCUUCGGGACGGGACCAAACCAGAACCGGGACCAGGACCGAGAAGACGAGCGAGGUCCCGACUGGGCCACGAGCAGCCAGCAGGUCCUCGGGCCGGACGAGUCCUCCUGGGUCGGGUUGGGCAGCACGGAGCUGGAAGAGAGCCGCGGCUUCACUUACGACCCGACAGAGAUCCAAUCCUGUCCCGAAAAAGUGUCUCCGCCCCCGAGGCUGCUCAUCCAGGAGGAGAUUUGCUCUGAGAUCUGUCAAUCAAAAGAGCAGUUCACCCAGUCAUCGGGUGGACUGUCAGAGGUCCCGCCCACUUCUGCUCUCUUCACCAAUGCCUGCUGCUGUCAGGCGUCACCUGAGCACACGGGGUUAACGAUGAAGGCCUUUCUCCUCCUCCUCUUCUCCGUCUUCUUCUUCUCAACUCUUUACUCGAGGUGUUUGUGGUGGAGCGCAACUGUUACUUCAACCGUGUUCAUGACGAUCACAACUUUUAUGUUCCUGACGAAGUCGGGGCCGAUGGGCGAGUGGAGGAGGGCGAAGACGGAGGACAUCACAUCCAGAAAUGAGUAAACCAAGAAACGGAAGAUAAUUUCAAACUGUAGGAGAGAAGGAGGAGAAAGUCUGAUGGAAACUCUGUCAAAAUAUUUAUCCUUUCACUAAAUGUUUGCAUGUGAGUUGCUCUUAAAAGACCAAGUUAUUCUGAGCUCCGGAAAACAUUUCAUAUCAACAACUGUUUGACAGUGAAACCUAAGAUGAGACGGUUCUGAUUGUAAAUCCUUGUGAAUCUGAAGAACCGCGUUUUUUACUCUUUUAAACUUUUAGAUUUAAGCUUUAAAUUUAAAAGAAAAAACGCUGGAAAAAUCCGUGUGAAGUUGUUUCGUAUUUGAUAUCACGUUCUCCCUGAAGGUCUCUGAAUAUUAAAGUCAUGUGGACGACGGAGAAAAAUCCAAUUGAACAUGAAACUCUAAAAAAUUGGGAACGAUGAUCUGAGAGAAGCUGAAUCAGUUUGACAGUUUGUUUCUGAUGUAAUGAUGAAGGAACUCGAUCAACAUGGCGACACGAGUCACUGUAGUUUAGAUCGGAGAUAAAUAAUAAUCAUCCGGAUGUCACUGAUGUAUUUUAAACAGACUGUAAACACGUAUUCUGUUGAUCUUAGCUGAACUUGUUUGGGUCCAAAGUGACAAAACGUCAGUGAGCGUCGCUGUGAAGCUUCACGUCUUUUUAAAAAUCCACAAACGCACAAAACGUUCUAGUUUAUCUAGGGAUGAGGGAUAGUGAUCAUGCUCCAUAUUUACACUCAAUCAUCAAACUCACUUUAAUCAAGCUGCUGCUUUAAAGGGAAAAACAAAGUGAAGCAGUGAAUAGAGCAGGGCCCGAGGACAGAGCCUGGUGGGACACCGAUUCUAAAUGUCAUAGCACCUGAUCUUUGAAUCACUGCCUGUUAAAUUCAGGUUUGUGGGUUCGGGAUCAUUCUCCAUAUUCACGGUCACUGAACCAUCAAACUCACUUUAAUCAAACUGCUGCUUCAAAGGGUUAAAGUUGCAUCUCGUUGCUUUAAAACUGCAUCAGGUCGGCUUUUAGGGUGAAACUGAAAAUUCUGAGUUAACUUUUGACAAAACUUAACAUCCCAGGCAGGACAAAAAAGCCCAUCAGCUUUUAUUCAUAAGACCAGUGGUAAACAGGUCAGUGUGAAGAUUCCUUCUUGUUCACACGGUGAUGCAGGGAUUUCAGAUGAAGCAAUAAUUACAGAAAACAAACGAUUGAGUGAGGUGAGUUUUAAAACCUCAGCAGUGAGCUGGCAGAGAGAAACACUAAAUCAGGGAUUUGACCUUUGUUGGAUUCAUCCUGUCAUUGAAAAUUGUUUGUUAUCAAAAAGUGUUGAGUGUCUUCAUCAUGAAAACGAGAGUAGAAGUGAAGCUGGGACCAAACUGUGCUGAUUGGCUUUAUAAGGUUCUUGACUUUAUGAAGUUUUAAACUUUCAAUCACGUUUGGAUCUGAAACAUUCAACUGAAGGAAACUUUAUUUCUGUUCAGACGCUGCGUUUCACUCACAUGGGAUUUAUCACCAUUUCUGACUUCUACUGUUCAAUGGUCAAUAAAGUUUUAUAUUAACUCAGAAUCGUUUGAAAAGUCAAACAACACCAACCAAAGUUGGUCAUUGAACCUGAUUAAACCCAAAUUUAAUUUCAUGUAAUUCCACCGUUGAUGUGAAUUCUUACAAAUCGUCACCGUGGGAAUCUUGUCCAUCGCUGCCGCUCGUCCACGUGACCUGAACGCAGGUCAUGUGACCUGAACGCAGGUCACGUGACCUGAAGGCAGCAUCUGCAACACGAAGAGUCCAAACUGAGCUUCUCAACUUGGGUUUUCACGGUUGAAUUUGAUGAGGACGAAUUUGCUGCUUAAUUUUUUUUAAUUGUACCAAACAACUAGCCUUUAAAACUCAAUGUGAGUUUCUGCAUUGUCCGAUGUGUAUUCGUGUAUUUAUUCACUCAAAGUGCCAAAUCGGUUGAAAUCUGACAAUUCAGGAACUGUAUCAUCACCUAUAUCAAUGUUAAAAAAUCUAUAUAACGAUAUUUUUAUUAAUGCUCUGCAUGAAUUUGCAUAUCUUUGCAUUUAAAGCUGCAAAUGUUUUUAUAUGAAUGAUGGAUCCGCUCCACUAAACCUUCAGCUUCUUUCAGCUCCUGGUUUAAGUUUUACAGACAAAACUAUGAGUCCAGAGUUUUUCUCAGGAGGUGGAGACUAAACACGGAGCAAAAAGAGCGGGAACACUGGGCAGGAACCAGUUCUGUCACAAACAAGCAACUGUAUCAUGUUGUUUAUUCUAUCUGCUGCCCCCUGGUGGCCAACAGUCAAUUAAUGCAGCUUUAAAUGAUCAAAGUUGAAUGUUUUUUUUUCUUUUGAACACAUUUUGAAAUAUUUCAUUCAGUGAAAAAGACAAGAAAUUCCUGAAGUUUCCUAAAAGACAUUUAAUAUGAAUUUUGAUCUGAUUGUUGUUACUGUACAUGUUGUUACUGAUCCUGUACAUAGUGUGAGAUGUGAUUCUCUUCUUGUGGAAACACUUAUUAUAAACAUUCAUUUGAAUCCCUCUCUUCUGUGUCCAUGUAAAGUCUCUGCUCUGAAAACCGUAAACUGGAUUUUAAUUUGGAAUUAAAACAAUUCUGAUGUCAGAAAUGACCAAAAUAUUCACUAAUGAAAUCCAACAGCAGUGUUGAUCACUGUGCUUCAAUCUGUAAAAUGUCUAAAUGAACAAACAGCAGUAGUUCCUCUGUUGGCCUGUUGAUGGC